AUGGAGCACGAUUCGGAGAGUAAUAAAGUAAUUGAACAGUCUGAUAAAGAAGAGUAUGAAUUUAGUUUUAAUUUUAUUAAUCUACCAUGGGAUGAUCGGUCAAAAAAUAGCAAAAUUGGAAUCAUUUCAUUGCUUGUUGCUAUAUUUGUAGCAACACUGGCUCUUGUUAUUAAUAAUUUAGUUUUCUAUUAUAAAAGAUUUGAUGCUAGAUCGAUUUAUAGCAAUAUUGAAAUGGACUGUAAUAUGGUUAAAGCGGAUGAACAUCCUUACGCUGCAAGAAUUCAUUCGAUUUCAUCAAAUGAAUUGAUAUGUAUAGGUGCUGUUGUAUCGAUUUCGUCUGUGCUCGCAAACGAGGUGUGUUUAAAAUCUGGACCUAUCCAAUUAAAACUGGGCAAUCCUACAAAUCCUCGAUGUAAGAAAGGAUUUUCAAUAGAUGCUGUGGAUCUCAUUCCUCACGAAGGCGUGAUAACAAAGAGUUUGGUUCUUUUGUCCACUUUAGAUUACAUUAGCGAUUGCAUUAAGACUAUAAAAAUUGGUGCUAAAGUAAAUGCAGAUAAGCAACUAUAUAUUAUUGGCAGGCCAUAUCGGGGUGGAAAGUCGUUUUCAUUUCAACUUGCCAAAUAUAAUAAUAAUAAUAAUUUUACUUCUUUCGAGGAGCUACGUACUUUAAAUAAAAAUAAAACAAUCUGUGUUGAUACCUUUGGGAAAUGUCCUGUUCGAGCUGGAGACCUUUUAGUACAGAAAGGUUUGUUACUUGGUUUAGCUUCAACAAGUGUGAAUAGAAGAGAAGAAAGUAAAACUGCUUGUUUUGCAAACUUAAGUGUUGUCUACAGUGAGCUAAAAGCUUUGGAUAUUAAAUUUGAUAAUAAAAUU